CAAGAACCUACUGCAACCUCUCACACAUACACCAACUGAAUAUCUUGGCUAACAACUGACAGAAUGGAGUUGGAGACUGUCAUUGGGGUGUUCAAGACAGCGAUGACGCUGAUUGGCAACAUCCGUGAGACCCGGCCCAAAGUACACAAGGAGCGCGUAGCCAGGCUUAAGAGCCGUAUCGAUGUCCUUGAUGGCCAGCUCCAGUCUGCGGGGCAGACGGCGGUGGAAACAGCCCAGCUACAGAGGACUCGACUCCGGCUGGAGGAACUACUGGAGGAGGCCCUCAGCCUCAUGAGGAGACUGGAGGACACUGGCUGGAUCAAACGCUUCAUCAAAAAGGGCACUGUAGACGGUGACUUUACGGAGUUGAACCAGCGACUGAGUCAGGAGUCCCUGUCUCUCAUCCUGUCCCUCAACAUCGAUGCCAAAGUACUGCAGGAGACCUUCAACGUGGAUCGGAGAAGGAGAGAGGACGAGAGGGACAGAGAUGCGGACAUCAAGCUACUGGAGGAGAUGAAAGAAACCCUUCUGGACAUAAAGGAUGACACUGAGGAGAUCAAAGCCAUCGUGAAGGAGACUAACAAGAUGGUUAAGCAAAUGUCUGAAGAUUCUGGUGGCAAGUCCCCGCCCCCCGGUCUCUUCGCUUCCCUCCCCCCUUCGUACUCGUCUGCUGUUUCGGCUCCGCCCCUCUCCCAGGCCCCCCAACCAGGCUUCUGCCCCUAUCCCCAGGGCCCCACCCACCUACCCAUGCCCCAACCACCACUAGCCAAUCAGCAACCAGUACAGCAGAUGACAUCACCAGUCACCAAUCAGCAACCAGUACCGAUGAUGACAUCACCACCACCAGCCAAUCAGCCACUGGCACCCAUGAUGACACCAUCACCAGUCACCAAUCAGCAACCAGCUAUCCAAUUGGCCUCCCCUACAUCCUACCAACCGUGUGAACCAUUGCAAGCAUCAUCUCCAUCAUCACCAACUUACCAGACAGUAGCAACAGUCACCAGCCAGCAUCAUGUGACCAGCCAACAUCAUGUGAUCAGCCAACAGCUGGCCAAUCAGCCGCAAGUGGUGCCACAGACCGUCCAACUACUGGUUAACCAGCACGCAGCACCACAAGUGAUCCAGCCUGUGAUUCGUCAGCCUGUUGUGAUCGACCAGCAACCGACUGUGAACACAACAUCAAGCACCAUAGUGCAUGUGGGUCGUUCAGUUGACCUGGGCACCAGUCCUACUCCAGCGAUGUGUCACGUGUGCCAGCGCCAGAUACACACCAGGGUCGUCUACAAGAGCGGCUUGUUCACAUGGGCCAUGUGUGGCCUGCUCAUUUUGUUUGGGCUGAUGUUCGGCUGUUGCUUGAUUCCCUUCUUCAUUGACAGCUGCAAAGAUGCCCACCACAUCUGCCCACGCUGCAACACUCCGCUGUCUGUCAGCAAGAAAUGUUAAAACACAAUUUUUUUAACAUAAAAUCUUGAUUCCGAUUUUUUUUUUUAUCACGAUCUUCCAUCGAAAAAAUUAAUAACAACCAAAAAAAGAUAAACAGGCAUUUAUAUACUUGCAAUUAGUAGGCCAAAUUAAUUAAUUAAAUGUAAACACACUGAUGACACUCGAUUUGAGAGGGAGUUAGAUCAUUUAGUGGCAUGUGCCAGUGACAUGCGGAAGUGCCACAGUGUCCAUUGUCAAACACAUGUCCAGUCAAACACAUGUCCAUUGAUUUUAUAUUAGAACCACAGACCUAUUAUUAUUAAUAAUUAUAGGCCCUAACUGUAUUUAUUAUUAAUAAUUAUUGUUUUUUAAUAAUUUAUGUAUUCUAGGUCUGUAAUUACAACAAUUAACGGGCAUGUCAAGUGCGUUACGGUUGGGCAUGUCAAGUUACGGUUACGGUUACUAUGGCUACAGUGGCUACUACGAUGUCGAACUGUGCCUAAACCAAAACUGAUUCAUAAACCUAACCUGUCAGUGAAAAAUGUGUGUACAGUACACCAACCUAUAAACAUGCCGAACGGUGCCUAACCCAAAACUGAUUCCUCAACCUAACCUGUCAGUGAAAAAAUGUGUCACUGGCACAUGCCGCAUGUCACUGGCACAUGGCCACAUGCCACUAAAGGAUCUAACUCCUACUGCUCGAUUUCACCAUUUCAUAUCGUCAUAUCGUCAACCCCUAACAUACACACACACACACACACACGAACACACACACACAGUGAAUCUGGUGUUGUGCAAUGUGGUAUCAAUGCACAAAUUUUCGUAGAAGUAAGGCUCCAUAUUUUAUUUGUUUGUUUCUUAUAGUAAAAAAGAGAAAAAGUUAGCUUCAACCAUGAUUUUCUGCUCUCACUUGUUUAUUUAGGCCUAUUUCCUGUGAUGUGCCGGUUAAACACUUCUUCAGACGUGAAAACACAUACAGUACACAAAACCAUAUAUACAAUUUCCAUGUGAUCGCAUGAUGCUCAUUGCAAGUGUAAACAUUUGUUCUCAAUAAUCAAGCUCAUUGUCAGCUGAUGACAUUAAGUACAAAAACAUUGAGAGUGACACGCCCUGAAGACACUAGUGACACUAUUCAUUCAGGGAUCCCAAUGGACAAUCUGGCCGUAAAAAACAGAACAAGAGACAAAAACAACAAUACUGUGCAUACCCCAUUCCCAGUAUGUACAAACAUACUCUUUGUUUCUUAUUGUUAUUGCCGUAGCCAUAGCCGGAGCCAUUUGUUCAGUUUUUGUUUAGGACACCUGUUGGCGAAAUGUGGAACUUAUUUUGGACUGAAAUGUCUGCAUUACAGUAAUUGAUGCACCGGUGGAGUGGAAUGUCUGCAUGAAUUGAUGCACCGGUCAUCAGAGGUGUUAUUUCUGGGUCCAGAAAGUAAAAACCCUGCCACCGUUUCCUUCCAACACUCCAAUAAAUAGCUGGUCUACAUGUCUUGAGUGCUCAAUAAGCAGGUGAUUGAGCUGAUUGGACCCUGAGAUUGACACCUCUGCCGGUGAGCAAUUAGUUAUGUGUGUGGCUAAGACAAUGCAAUCGCUUGGAGCACUCAUUCGUGGAGGCUGGACGUGUGGAACAUGCCAGGAAGCACAAAAGUUUUUAAUAUAUACAUCUGUUUUAACCCAUUUUAGCCUGGGGCACCUGCGAAAAAUGCCUGCUGAAUGUCUGCCAUUUUUGGGAAAACGUGCCCUCAGCCUAUGAAAAUUUAUAUCUCAGCCUCCGAAACGCAUAGAAAUAUGAAAUAAUUUGCAUUUGAAAUCUAAGCCUCCUCUUGCAUUAGGAAAUGUCCAUUCUACUUUAACAUGCCCCCAUUUUUAAUUAAAGACUCAAAUCUCAAGAGCCUGAAAGCAGUGUAUAUGUCGCUCCAGGCGCCUAGGUCAAUUUAGUGUAUACACAGCAUCAGGCUUAAAUGGGUUAAUGCUUUUAAAAAUUUGAUCGAGGACUUUGUUUGCUUAUAGUUAGAGUAACGUGACAAGUUUGAUGGAAUUCAUUCAUGCUUGGAAAACACCAAGUGAAACAAAAAAACCCAAGUGCCUUCUUUGCACUAUAUGACACCAUCAUCAAUAUCAUUAACAUCUCUGUACGGGAUAUAGGAAUUAAGUGAUGGGAAAGGAUGGAAAUGGAGUAAUGGAUAAAGUGUAUUAAAUAUAAUUGUGAUGAUCCUGGCAUACAUGCUUCUGUGUUUGGACAUUGCUGGGCCUCUGCAGUAUGUUUGAAUCCAUGUGUCUGCUUGAAUAUGCCAUAUUAUUUAUU